UUCAUGCAGUGUAAGGAAGAGGUUUACUCCUUCUGCCCAGAGACUGAACCAGCAAAGACAGCAAAGCCAGUGUGAUUCCUUCAAUGAAGAUAGUGGACAGUUACCACCAACUUGAUCACAUUUUGCCUUGGAUAGCUGAAACUACGAGGUGAAAAUGACACAGCAAAUGCAUAAUUUAAGUCUCCUCCAGAGCAAAAAGAACAGCAUGCCAUCUUCUCCAAAUGCUGCAAAGCGGUUGUAUCGGAACCUUUCAGAGAAGCUGAAGGGGAGCCAUACAUCCUUUGAUGAGGCGUAUUUCCGAGCGCGGUCGGACCGGCUCAGUCUCCGUAAGACCUCGAUGAAUUUCCAGUGCAAUGAAGCAAUGUUUGAGGCCGUAGAACAGCAAGAUCUGGAUGCUGUUCAGAUUCUUCUCUAUCAAUAUACACCAGAGGAACUGGACCUGAACACCCCAAACAGUGAAGGACUUACUCCUUUGGAUAUUGCCAUUUUAACAAACAACAUCCCUAUUGCUAGGACUCUUCUACAUGUUGGGGCAAAGGAAAGCCCACACUUUGUUAACAUGGAAAGCAGGUCAGUGCAUCUGUGUACAUUGGUCCAGGAAGCACAGCAGCGAGUUACUGAAUUGUCUGCACAAGUGAUGAAUGAAGGACUUGGUACAGACAACACAGAAAAAGAGAAGCAACUAAAAGCAUGGGAAUGGAGAUACAGGCUAUACAAGCGCAUGAAGGCAGGCUACGAGCAUGCUAGAGCCCCUGAGGCGCCAACCAAUGUCUGUCUCAUGGUAACAAGCAGUACAUCACUCACUGUCACCUUCCAAGAACCUCUGAGUGUCAACUCAGCUGUGGUGACCAAGUAUAAAGUGGAAUGGAGUUGUUCAGAAGACUUUUCUCCUUUGGUUGGUGAGAUAAUUAUGGAUAAUCUUCAGUCUUUGAGGUGCACCAUCACAGGUCUCAGAACAGGCCAGAGGUAUUACAUUCAUGUUUCGGCAUACAAUAUGAGAGGAUGGGGACCUCCACGAAGAUCUACUCCUGCGUAUGCUUCUCCCUCAAACUGGAAAGACUGCAGUGGAAGAGAGCCUCGGCACAGGGGACACACUGAGGCCCUGGAACGUCUCCUUCAGCAGGUUCGAGCAGCUCAUCAGCAUUAUAAUUGCAGAGAAAGUUCCAAAUUACAGAACACUGGUCGCAAGCAGUCCGUCUCUAGAAGCCUGAAGCACCUUUUUCAUUCAUCAAACAAGUUUGUGAAGACUCUGAAACGGGGACUCUACUUAUCUGUUAUAUUUUUUUACAAAGACAAUUUAUUAGUAACCAAUGAAGAUCAGAUUCCAAUUGUGGAAAUCGAUGACUCUCACAGUAGUUCGAUUACGCAGGAUUUCCUGUGGUUCACAAAGUUGUCUUGUAUGUGGGAUGAUAUCAGAUGGCUGAGGCAGAAUAUGUCUAUAUCCAUCUCCUCAUCAACAACACUUCAAGCCAGGCAAAAGAUGCUUUCUGCAGCAGCACAGCUACAGAAUUUGCUGGGAACUCACAACUUAGGCAGAGUUUUUUAUGAGCCAAUCAAGGAUCGGCAUGGCAAUAUAUUGAUUGUUACUAUAAGGGAAGUGGAGAGUCUUUAUUCAUUUUUUAAUGGCAAAUGGAUGCAGGUAUCCAAACUACAAAGCCAGAGGAAAUCCCUUUCAACUCCAGAGGAGCCAACAGCAUUAGACAUUUUGCUUAUAACAAUCCAGGACAUACUUUCCUAUCACAAACGAAGUCAGCAACGCCUCCCUCCUGGCCUGUAUCUGGGUUACCUUAAACUCUGCAGUUCUGUGGAUCAAAUCAAAGUCCUUGUGUUGCAGAAGUUGCCCAAUGUCCUCUGUCAUGUCAAAAUCCGAGACAACAGCAAUGUCUCCAGAGAUGAAUGGGAAUGGAUCCAAACACUUUCUGGCUCAGAAUCUGUGGAAAGUAUGGAUCAUACUUCAGACUGCCCUACUCAAUUGUUCUUGUAUGAGCUCCAGAUGGCAGUGAAAGCUCUCCUUAAACAGAUCAAUCUACCUCUGCAUCAGGCUAAGCACUUCCGUCUGUAUACACAGGAGGUGUUGGAACUGGGUCACAAUGUCUCCUUUCUUCUCCUGCUCCCCGCCUCAGACGACGUCUGCACUGCCCCAGGACAGAAUAAUCCUUACACCCCACACUCAGGAUUUCUUAACCUCCCUCUUCAGAUGUUUGAACUCGUUCAUUUUUGCUGUUACAAGGAAAAAUUUAUAAGCCUGUAUUGCCGCCUUUCUGCUGUCAUAGAGCUGGACUCUCUGAAAACCCAGCAGUCCCUGAGGGAAGCAAUUUCAGACAGUGAAGUCGCUGCAGCCAAACAAAGACACCAGCAAGUUACAGACUACAUACAGCAAGUUGAUGAGAUCUGGAGGGAAAUGAGAUGGAUCACAGAAGCUCUGCAGUACGCAAGAUACAAGCAGCCUGCAGCUGGCCUACCAAUAAAGAAACUUGUGAAUCUUUCAGAAGAAUACUCUCAAAAGAAAAUGAGUUCAACAUCUUCACAUCUAGAUUGUCUUCCCUCACCUCCUUCCUCACCCGAGGCUAGAAGCCAGAGGAGAAAAGCUGUAAGCGAUUCCCAGCCCUGCUCAGAUGAAGAAGGCUGUUCUGAAGUAUUCCUUCCAACUGACAGUGACUAUGAUUCCAGUGAUGCAUUAAGCCCCAGAGAAUUAGACUUGAUUUACUCCUCCCCACAUGACAUAUCCCAGCAGGCAGGCAGUGGCCUGGGUGGUAGUGCACCUGAUGUUCUCCAAGUCCAUGAUGUGAAGCCUUGCCUAACGCUGAAGGAAGGCCUGACAGAGUGUAAUGCCUUUGAUACUAAUGCUGAAUAUUGCACAGAGUACAUGAGCAAUCUAACAAUGUCAGGGAUUACAUCAAAAAGCAUAGACAAGUCCUCUAGCUCCAGGCAGCCAUUGAGCUUUUUAGGGAAAAAAAGACUAGGGAAACAUCAGCAUUACAGCUACUUCAGCAGGCAUCAUCGUUGGCUGCGUGUGCACAGCGAGACACAGUCUGCCUCUCUGUCUGAAGGCGUGUAUACUCAGCAUCUCAUGAGAUCUUCAGAUUUAUCUCAAGAACCUACCUCCAGUGAGCAGUUACAGAUUCCCACUGACGAGUCUCGGAGCACUUUCUUACCUCAUACAUCCAGCCUUCCAGAAGAUGGAAAAGGCAAGUAUGAGGAAUCAAGGCAAAAUGUCCAUAGGAAACACAUGGAACCUUAUAAAACAACAUUUCUGAGUGAAGAGGGCAAAUCCUGGGCAAUGAGCAUGCAGUCUGUAGAACAUGAGGAUGUGCACAACACUAUGCAACAGAAAAUGGGUCCAGACGAUCCCCUGGGUUCUGCUGUCUCAGAAGUAUUCAGCAGCACACUGUAACCCCAGACUUCUGCAUCGCUUCCCAUUGCUCCACAAGGAGAUAGUGAGCAUUAUGCAUAUAGGGCCACACUUACAAAACUACUUUUAAAAGUCCAGCUCCUGAAAUGACAAAAGAAUCCUAAUCAUUUGAUUCCAUCACCAGAUUCCUUACACAGCGGAAUCUGCCAUGAUGCAGGCAGUAUUAUUUGUAUCAGCAGUUCUGCAAGUAGAGUCACACAUAACAGGACAGUCUGUGGCUGCAAAUCCGGUAAUCAGGUUCUGCAGUUCUCUUGAUUUCCAGAUAUCUCUAAGCAUGCAACAUUUUAAGCAUGAGUGCUUCUGACUGCAGUGUAGCAGAAAUUGUAACAUCCUUUGUGUCCUCAUGUUAGGACUGUGUCCUAAGCCUCUAUUAACCUGUUCUCCAGCAUUUCCUAUACAUUUUUCUACUUCUCGGCCUUCUUGAAUUGAUUGAGGUUGCAUGUAACUAAAGUGCUGACUGGUUUAGUAACAGUUAUCCCAGAGCACCUAGCCACCGAUAGAGAACUGAACAUUCUUUCAGUAUCUAAAAAAUCCAGUCAUCGUUAACACUGCAUGCACAAUCUCUGAAUGUUGCCAGAGCCUGACAAAAUUAUCACAACGUUUGAGGGUUUUUUCAGAAGCUCAGAUUUCAAAUGACAUAAGUAGCACGUUAUUUUAAAGGUUUAAACAGGAGUCAACCUUUGGGGUCAUAAACAGACAGAAUGAGGCCAGUCUCUGAAUGAAUACACGCAGGGACUAAGUAGGAGUGAAGAGGAGCUUGGUCUUUAACCCACCACACAAGCGUGCAUUCCUUUAUGCUGCAAGGACUAUCAAACAUCCACUGGAAAGAAAUGCACUGACUUUUGUUCCUGAAUUUUCAGUGUAUAUUCAGGGGUAUCCGAUCACUGGGUCUGAAACUGGGAUAUUCUGGCAAUUCCCAUUAGGGACAUUUGGGGUGCAGUUUAAAGCUACGCUUUUUUGUUUGUUUCACCAACAAACAUUGGUAUCUUUAGAAGAGUGGAAGGCGCCAUGUUAGCACGCUGUAUUUGUCUAAAGGCAGAUCUCAAUUUUGUCAUUUGCUUCCAGAAUAAGACUUAGAGUACUACAGAAGAUGAUCUCAAAAAUGAAAUCUAUAUUAAUGAGAACCAUAACAUCUGAGUCACUGAGAAAUGAACUAAUGUGAAGAGAAACUCCAGCUGUUGCACAAGCUUUAAUUUUUCUUAUACAGUUCUUGAAGUUUAAUUUUAUGGGCCACAUUCCUGCUGGUUAAAUUCCCUCACUCCAUGUUUGCGCAGCCUUCUACCCUUCAAUUUUUCAGCCUCCAGGUGGAUACAUUCUAAGGCCUCCAAUAAAGAGAUUUGAGUUAAAUAGUUGAGUUUACAAGUCCUUGAGGUGAAGGUAAGGAUUUGGGCCCAUGAUCUGUGGUCCUUAUUAAAAUAGCACUUCCAUAACCCCAGUGCUAUUAAAAUCCCUGUGAACUCAAUCCAUAAAUUCAAAAAUAAAUGUUAUUCACUAUUUCAUGCUUGGUCAGUAUGCAGAAGCCAAGGAGAGUCUAUGCAGUGAUAUAAGGGCAAAGACUUUCUAUAAGGUAUUUACGUUUGUAAUUUCUCUUUUUGGGGGAGAGGGAAGUUAACUUUUUGUACCAAAAAUAUUCAUAACGUGAUCCAAUCCUCAGUGAGGAUGGAAAGAUUUCCAUUCACUUCCAAAGGCUUUGAACGAGACCCAUACUGAAAAUUCCUGUGGGUGAGAAGAUGGGGGAGCAAAAGUCUCAGUGCCAGUUUGCAGCUAGAAGGACACGCAUUGUAUGCUGUAUGCCACAUGGAAUUGCACGGGGAAAGCCUGACUCACACGCCAUAGAACCAAACAGUGAUGUUUUACUGUCACUGAAGGCAGCAACAGCUUGUUACGUUAGAUUAUGUUCGUUAGCAGAAGGAUGUUUAUCAGAGAGAGCCAGAAAAAAUGCUAUUUUCAGAAGUCAGAAUAAUUUACAUUGUUUUCUAGAACAUAGCACCUAGCCCAGGCUCCCCUAACCUUUUUAGCCUCUAAGCAAAACUGCCACGUAAUGGUUUAUUAAAGUAUUAAAACAACGGUAUGCUGAAACCAAGGUUUUGUAGAAAGUGAUGAUAUAAAACAAGAUGAUAUUCAUAAAAUGAAACCCACCUUGCUUUGCUUUGGCUUUUCAGGACAAACAGAUCAGUAAGGGCAAGAAGUAGCAAAAUCUUCAGCAGAAGAACAGGAAGAUCACUCCCAUGUUUCCCAAGCAACUACAGCAAUUCGGAAGAAUCCUGUGAAAUACAGCACUGUUAUCCUCACUUCAUAGAAGCACAGAAGGACUGAGUGACUGUUCCGAGUAGACCUUAGAGUAAAGGCUCACAGUAAGAAAUCA